GACAAAAAUUUUGGCAAAACAUUCCCAGUUGGUGAGGAUAGCUAUUUGGAAAAUCUCCUUCGAACCCUCAGAAUGGAUGAUAAACGUCUGGUGCUGAAUUAUAUCUUUUGCACUGCUCUGAACGAAGUUUUACCGCAACUUCAUUUUUUUCCAACCGUUUGCGAUGAUUCGGUCUCCUAUCUUGUGACACUUGCAUUCAAGGAAGUGGCCUACACCGAUCAUUCAACGUAUGGCUCGAAAUAUAACAGCUAUUUGAUGGUAACCGAACGAUUCACCGAAGUGCUUGGUGUUUUAUCACAUACACAUGGUGCGGUAAUUCAACGUGCCUUCAUGAAUGCCCUAAAUGAGCUGCGCAAGGAAAAUCCAAUAACGCCGUACACGAUGAAUUGCAUUAUUGCCCUCAGAUCAAAACAGAAGUGA